AUGCCACCCCCGGAGCGCGGCCUUGCUCGGAAAGAGCGAAAAUCAAGGGCACCGCUGCAGAAGGCAACUGUGACCGAAACCGCCCAGGAGCGACCCAGAGAAGCGACCGAGACCUUGGACCGAGGUAUCCUUGAGAAGAUUCAGAAAUGUCUAAAACGAGCUGCUCAUAGCAGCUCCACGGAGUCGGAAGCCAAAGCCGCCCUAUUUGUCGCCCACAAAAUGAUGACCCAGUAUAAUGUCACCCAGGCGGAUCUAUUGGCUAGCGAACUUGACAAGAGCAAGGCAAAAUAUGGGGGAAGAAGUGUGGUGUCCAUUAGGCAUACUGACUCCUCAAAGCGUGUUACUAAAGAGAGCUUCGUCGGCAAGGUGGCCAAGGCCAUGUGCACUUUUUUCGAUUGCAAAUGCUUCUCAACAGAUUAUGGUUCAUCCAUGCAAUGGACCUUUUACGGUAUCGCGGAAAAUACAGUCGCAGCGGCAUCGGCGUUUGAGAUGGCCCAUAAUAAGAUCCUUGACUGGGCCUGCUCCUACAAAGGCGGUUCGCCUACCUUUAGCUAUCGUAUCGGCGUUGCCGAUGGGCUGGUAGCCAUGGCCAACCGCGAGAAGAAGAGAGAGCUUGAGGACGUAAGGCGAAAGGAGCUGGAUAUCGUCGCCGCCAGAGCGAUGGAGCGCCAACAGCAACUUGAUAGACUCUACACCCUGCCUGCACUAGACAUCAACCUUGUUGGAGCCAAAGCCKAGGAUAGCUUUUGCGGUGAUUUCUUCUUUGACGACUCCGACACCCUUUUCGAGCUUUUUGAUAUUUAUGAGUCUAGUGACCGCGGGGGAGAGGCCGACUUUAACGAGAACAACAAGAGUGCUAUAGACACUAUGCGAGGCGUGGAUGACAAUAUUGAAACAGUCAUCAAGCAAGAAUCUUAUGGAAUUUCUGGCCUUGCCAGUAUUCCCCUGUCCUCUGCUGAACAGAAAUUGUCUGCUUCUUCAUCCGCCCCUACAACGAAUGAAGAUGCAUUGCCCUCACCGUGGGCGUCUGAGAUGCAGCUGACGCGGUUUCGCGCCACCUCAGAACAAAUUGCAGAUGACUUCAUCAAGGAAAACAACAUAAAGCUAUAUCACCAAAGGUCACGUCCAGUUACGGCUCGAGACGCCCACGCUUAUCGGCAGGGAUGGGAGGACAGUUCGAAAAUUGACCUCCGUCAGCGACGCCUCGAGUGA